AUGAACGAUGAGGAGCUGGAGGAGCUCUUCUCCCUGAGCAAGUACACUGCCACGCCGUCUUCGUCGGCCAAGCUGCGCGAGAGUAGUUCCGUCAACACCACACGAACCGACAGCAGCCGCAAGACAGGCUCUACCCCUGCGGCAGCGCCCCUCCCUAGUACACUGCCGCUGCCGACAGACAUCGAGGCGAAACUCUUUGACUAUCAGAAGGAGGGCAUCCGGUGGCUGUACGAGCGGCACCGCAAGGGUCGCGGCUGCCUGCUUGCUGACGAGAUGGGGCUUGGGAAGACGGUGCAGGUUGCCACAUUUCUCGGAGCCAUGUACGCGAGCAGGCACGCCACGAGCACCAUCAUUGUCGUGCCGCCGACGCUGCUGCCCAUAUGGGAGGCCGCGCUGCAGGAGUGGGGAGGGCUGCGGGCGCCGCUGGUGGAGGCCAUCCACGGCGACGUCAAGGCAAAACGGCACCAGCGCUGGCGCCGGCUGAAGCAUGGCACCGCCUGCCUGUUCCUCACCACAUACGGCGUGCUGCGCCAGGACAGCGCGGCCAUGUCGGCGUGCAUGGUGGACUACGUCGUGAUGGACGAGGCGCACCUCAUAAAGGACGCGUCCACGCAGGUGUUCCAGAGCGCCAUGGCGCUGUCGUCGCGCCACCGCAUCGCCAUCACAGGGACGCCGCUGAUGAACAACUUUGAGGACCUCUGGAGCAUCUUUCAGUUCGUUGACGGGUCUAUUCUCGGCACCACACGGGCGGACUUCCGCGUGAUAAAUACUGUCCUGCUGCGCGGCAACGAGCGUGACGCACUGGAGAAGGAGCGGUGCGAUGCGGCGCGUCAACUCGCACUUCUGCAGGCCGCGAUUCGCCCCUACAUGCUGCGCCGAGAUAAGCGGCAAGUAGAGGCGCUACCUGUCGACAAGCGCGACCUCAUCGCGUGGGUGCGCCUCAACACGGCACAGGAGCAGCAGUACAUCGCGCUUGUCGAUAACGACCGCGUGGCCAUGACGCUUCGGAAUGUUGAUGCCUCGCAGCCGCUUCUGCUACUGACGUCGUUGAUGCAGACAUGCAACCACCCGUGGCUCAACCUCGACGACGAGGCGUACCGCGAGGCUAUGCGCAACCCACUCGAAGCCCCCGAAGCUUACGCGCAUCUCGGGGAUGCGUUCAACAGCGCCAAAAUUGUCUCUGCCCUGGCGUUGGUCGUGAAGUGCAUUGGCGAGAAGCGCAAGACGCUUGUCUUCUCGCGGUCAAAGCGGCUCCUCGACCUCUUCGCCGUUGCGCUCAAGUGCUGGUGGAUUGAAUAUGCGCGGCUCGACGGUGAUGUGCCGCCGGAGACACGUGUACGUACGGUGCAGGCAUUCAACAAGAGUGAGCGCCUGUGGGUGUUCCUUCUUACAACGCAGGUUGGUGGUGUUGGCCUCACAGUGGAGGCGGCGUCGGCAGUUAUUCUCCUUGACCCGAGCUGGAAUCCGUCAACAGACGCGCAGGCCAUUGACCGCGUGCACCGUAUCGGCCAGACUCGCGACGUGGUUGUGUACCGCCUCAUCACGUGCGGUACCGUGGAGGAGAAGGUGUACCGCAACCAGGUGUUCAAGGUCAUGGCAGCAAAGCAGAGCACUGCGACGGUGGCAGCGGCACCAGAAGCAGCUGGAGAUGCAGCAGAAACAGAUGCAGCGCCGGAACGAGAGGGGGAAGAGUUCUAUCGCUACUUCACACGCCUGCAGCUGCGCAGUAUGUUCGAUGUGGGCAACCUUGACCGCAGCGAGACGGCGGUGCAGCUUGAAUCUCUGCAUCCUAACGCCGUGCACCCUGAGGAGCGCACCACCCUGACAUCGCUGCCGUGCAUAUGCGAUGUGAGCGACAACAGCUGUGUCCUUGUUGACGCAGUGGUGAAGGCCGACACGGAGGAUAGCGAGGACGUGGCCUGUAGCACCGUCUCCUCACGGCGUGGCGCUGCGAAGCGCAGGCGACAAGUGAGCUCGGCGUCCUCCGCAUCAAAGGGGCCACGGCAGGAGCUGCUUAGUCAAGAGGAGGUGUCGGAGAUUCUACUGCAAUUGGAGAAGGAGGAGGGGGAAGGGGAAGGCAAUGACAAGACCGGCAGCCAGCCCACCGCUGAGCGUCUGCUGACGUAUGAAGACAGCGUGCAACUCACGGCGCCGUCCAUUGACGGCCUCGAGUGA